AGGAUAAAACCCCAAAUUAUACCUCCGGAGGAACUCCUGGACAACGGGUAUGAAGCAAAGGGUGGUGCUACUAAUGACUACGGUAACCGUGCACACCAAGACUUGAUCGUUACGCGAGGCGCGGGGUUCAGGAAAGAGAAAAACAAGAAGAAAAGAGGUUCAUAUCGUGGCGGAGAAAUUACUGUGAGCAUGCGAUCCCUUCGA